AACAGCUUUUGGCAGUCACUGGGUCCAGUCAGUUGAGGAGCAUCAAGCACAGACUUACUUGCACGCUGCUGGAAGGAUCUAUUACAUUGAAAAAAUUAGGAGAAGGCACAGUGUGACCAGACUGCUGCCUGAAAGGGAACAGAGCUGACAGCACUGAGGACUGUGAGCAGAGACUUCUGAAUCAGCAGAGCUCAAGAUACAGCCAAGAUGUGGAAGAAGUCAAAAGUGACCGAUCAAACUGCCGCUGGGCAGGCGGGUAUCAGGAAGAAGUCGAAGGUACCCGGUGUGAUGAUUACACAAUUUAUUGAGGAGCUUCCAGAGGGAAUGACAACCCCAGAUUUCACACGCAAACCUAUUGCUCUGACUAUUCAAGAGGGUAAAUAUGCAGUCUUUAAAGCCAUUGUUGUGGGCACCCCAACACCUACUGUAACAUGGAGCAGAGCAAAUGGAGAAAUACAUUAUCAUCCAGACGUAUGCCAGCAGAAGUAUGAUGAGGCAUCUCAUGAACAUACCAUUGAGUUUCCUAAGGUUGCUCCAGACGAUGCUGACACCUACAAGUGCUUUGCGACUAAUGAAUAUGGAAGAGCCGUCUGCACUGUUGUCCUGAAUGUAAUUGAAGUUGGAUUUUCAAAGAGCAAGGAACUUCAAAAGACCCAAGGGGAAGAUGUAGCAGAUUUAAGAAAAAAGCUGAAGAAACGUAAUCCUGAUGGAACACGAGAGGAAAAGCCAAUGGAGCUGGAGGAGAAGGUCUGGGAAAUCCUCCUUAGCGCUGAUAAGAAAGACUAUGAGCACAUUUGUAUUGAAUAUGGUAUCACAGACUUCCGUGGUAUGCUAAAGAAACUGAAUGAAAUGAAGAGGGAGAGAGAGGAAGAAAUCGCGGAGUUUGUCACACAUAUCAGUACACUGAAGCAUAUUGAGGUGAAUGACGAUGACUGUGCAACAAUUGAAAUAGACAUGGACCUCAAGGAUCCUUCCAGCAAAAUCUACUUGUACAAGGAUGGUGUCAUGGUUCCAUUCAGCAAAGAAGAUGCAGACAACGAGAAGCACUCUUUGAAACAAGUUGGCAAGAAAUAUGUCUUUCAGAUUAAAAAGCUGGGUGCAAAUGAUGCUGGACUGUACUCAGUGGAUGUUGGGGGUGUCAAUGUGUUCUCAACAGAUUUUAAAGUACCUGAAGUUGAUUUUGCAGUAAAAAUACAAGAGGUGAAAGCAGAAGAACGAGAGGAUGCCCUCUUCCAAUGUGUCCUUACUGCACCAAUAAACGAGAUCAAAUGGUUUGGCAAAAGUGCCCCGCUGUCAAAUUCUGAGAAACAUGAAAUCAUUGUGUCUGAAGAUAAGCUGAUCCACAAGUUGAUUGUGCGAGACUGUAUGCCUUUAGAUGGCGGUAUCUACGCUGCUGUGGCAGGAAUCAAAUCCUGUAAUGCCUGGCUUAUCGUUGAAGCUGACAAAGAUCCUGCUAACAAGGGCAAGAAAGCAGCUCGCAAAACUACCAUGGCUGGGGCUGGGGCCAUGGGGGAAGAAGAGCUCGCAAGAAUAGCUAAAGAACAGCAGGAAAGAUAUGAGAAAGAAAUGGAAGUUAAAAUGGAAAAGGCCAAGAAGGCGCAAGCUGAGAGAGAAGCUGCAGAGGCAGCUGCAAAAGCAGAAGCAGAAGCUGCUAAAAAGGCAGAGGAAGAAGCCAAAGCUGAAGCUAAGGCUGCUGCUAAGGCUGCAGCAAAGGCAAAGAGAGCAGCAGCUGCCAAAGAUGCAGCUGCUAGAAAAAAGAAGGCUGCAGCUGGUGCAGGCUCAGCAGCAGGUGGUGCAGGUGGUGCAGGUGGUGCAGGAGGUGCAGGAGGUGCAGGAGGCGCUGAAGGUGCCGGUGUGGCUGGUGGAGCUGGUGGGGCCGGUGGGGUCGGAGGGGCUGGAGGGGCUGGAGGGGCCGCUGGGGCCGGCAGGGCCGGUGUGGCCGGUGUGGCCGGUGGAGCUGGUGUGGCUGGUGUGGCCGGUGGAGCUGGUGUGGCUGGUGUGGCCGGUGGAGCUGGUGCGGCUGGCAGGGCUGGUGCGGCUGGUGGGGUUGGUGGAGCUGGAGGAGCUGGAGGAGCUGGAGGAGUUGGAGGGGCCGGUGGUGCAGGGGGUGCAGGAGUUGCAGGGGGGGAUGGAACUGGCCAAGGCAUCGGUGCAGGUGGUGAAGGUGGGGUAGGAGGUGGAGCUGGGGGCAUAGCUGGGGCUGGGGAAGGAGAUGAUUUUGAGGAAGAUGAUUACGAUUCAUUUGAAGAUUCUGAUAUAGACUUUGAGGGAGAAGAUGGAGAAGGAGGAGAAGGAGGGGAAGGAGGAAAAGGUAGAAAAGGAAGAAAAGGAGGAGCAGGAGGAGAGGGUGGAGAGGGUGGAGAGGGUGAAGAAGGCGAAGAAGGAGGAGAAGGAGGAGAAGGACGUGGAAAAGGAGGAAAACGCAGAAGACGUGGGAAGGAUGGUCCACUCGUUCCUGACACAGUAAUAGGAGAUGAUAAUGAUGAGGGAACCACAAAGCAACAAGGUGAAAAAUCUGGGAAAAAGGGAAAACGUGCCAAAAAGAAAAUUGUGGAGGUUGAAGAACCUGUUGUUGACCCAGGAGUUCACUUUCAUGCUGGACUUUCUGACUGCAAAGCCAUCAUUGGAGAAGCGGCAGAGAUGGAGUGUAAAGUGAGCCGUGAAGACUGUGUGGGAAUCUGGUACAAAGAUGGAGAAGAGAUAAAAUCAUCAGAGGGUAUUACCAUUACCAAAGACGGAACUUUCCACAAGCUGAAAAUUCACAAAGUCACAGAGGAAUUUGCCGGAAAAUAUAAGUUUGAAGCAGAUGGAAGGAAGACAGAAGCCUUGAUUGUUGUUGAAGAUCCACCACGAUUUGAUGCUGAAGAACUGGAAGCAUUUAAAACUCCUGUGACAGUGAAAAAAGGACACAAAGCUACAUUCAAGUUAUCUUACAUUGGACGUGAACCUAUAAAAGUACAGUGGUACAAGGAGGGUGAAGAGCUUACGGACGAGUCAAAUAUCAAACUUGAGCACUCAGAUGGUUGCACCCGUCUCCUUCUGAACAAGCUUCAGCGCAAGGACAGCGGUGAAAUCAAGAUCAAACUGAAAAAUGAGUUUGGCACUCUUGAGGCCAUCAGCCAGCUUAAUGUACUUGAUAAACCAACUCCUCCGAUGGGACCUUUGGAAAUUGUUGAAGCCUCCUCCUCUAACAUUGAAUUCAAGUGGAGGCCUCCAAAAGACAGUGGUGGCUGCAAGAUAGACAACUAUAUUCUUGAACGCCAACAGGUUGGCCGCAACACCUGGAAAAAGGUGGGGCCAAUUGGUCCAGAGUCUACCUACAAGGACACUAAUGUAGACCAUGGCAGGAGGUACUGCUAUCGAAUCAGAGUGGAGACUGAAAUAGGCACCAGUGAGCUUAUGGAAACGGAGGACAUCCAAGCUGGUACAAAAGCAUACCCUGGACCCCCAUCAGCUCCAAAGGUCGUCACUGCCUUCAAAGACUGCAUCAACCUCUCUUGGUCUCCUCCAGCAGACACUGGAGGAACCAAUAUCCUGGGAUACAACCUUGAGAAACGCAAGAAAGGCAGCAAUUUGUGGGGCCAAGUCAAUCCACCAGAAGAGAUGAUCAGAGGAAAAGGGUUUGGAGUUAAAGAUGUGGUUGAAGGCAUGGAGUAUGAAUUUCGUGUGGCAGCAAUCAAUAACUCUGGAGCGGGUGAAUACAGUACACCUUCUGAAUUUGUGUUCGCAAGAGACCCAAAAAAACCUCCUGGUAAAGUCAUAGACUUCAAAGUGACAGAUUCCACCUACACAACUCUGUCCCUGUCUUGGACCAAACCCAAGGACAUUGAGGGGGUUGAGGAUGAAGCCAAGGGAUAUUUUGUAGAGAUCAGACCUGCAGAAAACACUGAAUGGGAUCGCUGUAAUGCCAAUGCAAUAACCAUGAAUUUCUACACUGUAAAAGGCUUGAAAUCGAUGGCCAUGUACUGGGUGAGAGUUAUUGCUACUAAUGAUGGAGGAGAGGGAGAGUCGCAGGAACUGGAUAACUUCAUCCUUGCUAUGCCCCCUCCUGUGAGACCCAGAUUCACAGAUGCCAAAAUGAAGAGUUUCAUGGUGGUGAGGGCAGGAAAUUCUGCACGAUUCAAUAUUAACUUUGAGGCCUCUCCAUGGCCUGAGGUCACCUGGUUGAAAGAUGGAGUGCCUGUGUCCAAAAAGGUGACCAUCAGCAAUGCUGAGGGCACAUCCUCACUCCUAAUUGCUUCAGCUGAACGCUCAGACACUGGAGUCUACUCUAUUGUUGUGAAGAACAUUGUUGGUCAAGAAACAUUCAGCAUUGAAAUUAGAGUCACUGAUGAGCCAAAGCCACCGGGCCCUGUGGAGAUUGAUGAAAACGUGCCUGGCACAGUAACCGUUUCAUGGACCGCAUCUGCAGAUGAGAAACGUGAUGACAGGCUGCACUACAUGGUGAUGAAACGUGAUUCAUGUAAAAGAACCUGGCACACUGUUGCAGAUCAUAUCUUCAACAAUAAAUUCACAGCCUGCAACAUAAUGCCAGGCAGAGAAUAUCAGUUCAGAGUCUAUGCAAAAAAUGAUAUGGGCUCAUCCAAACCAUCUGAGUCACCAAAGUGGCUCAUACCUGCUAAAAAAGAAAAGUUCACAGUGAACAUACCAGAAUCAAAGGUCUGUAAUCUAACAUGUCCCCCAAAGUUUCUUGUUCCACUAAAAUUGCACGCUGCACCUCAAGGCUAUGAAUGCUACAUGAGCUGUGCCAUAAAGGGGGAUCCCACACCUCAUGUGACAUGGCUUCGUGACAACAUCAGUCUGAACACCAACACUAACUACUUCAUCUCCAACACCUGUGGAGUCUGUUCUCUGCUCAUAUUGAGGGUUGGACCUAAAGACACCGGAGAGUACAAAAUUGUUGCAGAAAACUCCUUGGGGAGAGCCGAGUGCUCCACCAAACUGACCGUCAGAGAAUAAAAGGACACCCUGACCAUGGCAGAAUCAAUUUAACGCCCAACAAACCAAGUUGUUUCUCACUCACACGUUGCAUCAUUAGAGUUUAGAAUAUCCUCACAAAUGUCGAUGUUGUACUCUCUGUUGUUGUCAUUAAUACCCUUCAUUUAAGUUUGUGUACUUUUGAUGAACAAUUUCCUACCAAGGUCUAUAUUUAGGAUGGGGUAAGCCUAACUAAUAGAGAUGGACAUUAAUGACACACAGUCACAUGUAUCUUGUUUGUCUUCAUGUCAGUUGUGCAGUCUCAAUAAAAUAAAAAAGUUUGAAUAACUAAGUUUAUUUAUGGCAUAUCUAAAAUGUAAUAUGCAUGUUAAGCAUCAAAAAGCAUGGAUGGACAUACAGUUUGGUAGCCACUGUAUUUCAAGUUGAGCUUACAGUAUUGUGUUUUGUUUUGUUUUUCUUUUCUUUUCUUUUUUAAAAUCUGGUAGUCUUUGGCAUCUGGAACUUUAUACUGCUAGUUACUCUUGCCAGAUUUUUGAAUGCAAGGUAUCAUCCUUGCUUUGGUGAGUCUUUACAGCUUUACUUUUUUUUCGUACAGUUGUGCAUUAGCUAUCCUGCCUACAACGGAAACUUAGAUACCUGCCUUCCCAACGAGAAAAUGUUGGCACUGCCUGAUUGGUUUAGCUUUUCCAAUGCAGAUGCAUGUAUAAUUUAUGUAAAUAAACAUUUCAUUCUUGUAAUGUGA